GGUGUAUUUCUUAAUGCAGAUAUGAAAAACAGUAGCUCCGUGUCGAAUACAUUGACAAAUGGAUGUGUCAUCAGUGGACAUUUGGACUUCCCCUGCACGACCCAGCUCAAUGGGAUGGAAAGCAGGAAUGACCCGUGCUUAACAGGACCUAAUGCAGUUAGCAAUGGAUUAGUUCCAGGACCACCAUUUCCAAGUGGCCAGGGUUCUGCCCAUGUUAAUGGGGCUGAGGAGCCAGAGAAGACCUGUAUGAGCGUUAGCCCUGAGAUGUGUGGCUCUCUGCACCUGAACGGGAGCCCCAGUAGCUGCGUAGCCAGCAGGCCUUCCUGGGUGGAGGACAUGGGGGAGAACUUGCACUAUGGACACUACCAUGGGUUUGGGGACACUGCUGAGAGCAUCCCUGAGCUAAGCAGUGUGCUGGAGCACUCCAGCUGCGUGCAGGUGGAACAGCGGUACAACAGUGCUGUCCUGGGCGCCAUGCACCUGCACCAUGGCUCCUGAGGCCAAGAGGCCUGCCUCCUCUCUGGUGGCUGCUCAGAGCAUCACUGCAGCACCAGCCUGAAGGACUGUUGUGGUCUGUGCUGUGGUACUUAGCUCUCUCCUUGGAGCAGUCCCACUUCGGUGUGUGUGCAGGGCUCCCCAGUGCACAGACGUUCCUAACGGGGCAUUGGGCCUUUUAUAUGAUGCACUUUUGGAGUAUCAUUUUUCUGACACCGCCAGUCUAGUUGGUUUUGUUUGUUUGUUUGUUUGUUUUUUAAAUACUGUCUCCAGAAAUUAUAUCUGACCAAGAUGAAUUGGGGUAGUACAUGAGGUGCUUGGUAACCUACCCGUUUGUACUUGGGCACCGUUAUAGAAAGCUUUACUCUUUCAUGUAGAGUUCAUUACAGCACAUAUUUCCCUAUGCAAGGU